AGGUUCCUCAUUCUGACCAGAAGCUCCGAAGCACAACUUCCUAGUACAGACACACAGUGUUUGUACAGAGACCCAGUGUGUGUUGCUGUACAGGAACAGUCGCUGCAGUCGCGCUUUCCCAUCAGCGAGAGGCAACCGAGCUGCAGGAUGGAGUCGUCGUGAGAUUAGGACUAUUUGAUCGACGGUAAAACGGCUCUAGAAGAUAACAGCAGCGAAAAGAGGUGGGCUGAAACAAGGGCUGUCCUCUGACCCGGAGCAUGGGCUGUGUGGGCUCCAAACAGGAGCACCCUAAGAAAGGAGGGGGAAAGGAGGAGGCCCCCAGCCGAACCCUGACCCCCCACUACGUCAAAGACCCCACCAUGGGGAACUCGGCGACCAAGCCGAGUAAAACACAAUCACCUUCAUCAACAUUGGAUGAAGCAGAGAGCAUUGCUACUGCAUUGUUUGACUAUGAGGGCAUCCAUGCGGAUGACUUGGGAUUCAAGAAGGGGGACAGGCUCAAGAUCUUACAGGAAUCAGGAGAGUGGUGGAGAGCUGUUUCCAUAAGCACAGGACAGGAGGGCUAUAUCCCUAGUAAUUAUGUAGCCAAGAACAAUCUGGAAACAGAAGAAUGGUUCUUCAAGGGCGUCAGCAGGAAGGACGCAGAGAGACAGCUGCUGCUCUCGGGGAACAAGACAGGGGCCUUCAUGAUCCGAGAUAGUGAGACAACUAAGGGAAGCUACUCAUUGUCUGUCAGAGAUGGCGAGAGCAAGUCAGGCGACACGGUCAAGCAUUAUAAGUUACGAACGCUGGACAACGGAGGAUUCUACAUCUCGCCUCGCAUCACCUUUAGCACCCUGCAGGAACUCGUCAGCCAUUAUAAGAAGCAGGGGGAUGGCCUGUGCCAGGUCCUGACCAACCCCUGCCAAAACCCCAAACCCCAGAAGCCCUGGGAGAAGGACGCCUGGGAGAUCCCCAGAGACCGCCUCAAGCUGGACAGGAGGCUGGGCGCUGGGCAGUUCGGGGAGGUCUGGAUGGCUACAUACAACAAGCACACCAAGGUAGCAGUGAAGACCAUGAAGCCCGGCAGCAUGUCAGUGGAGGCCUUCCUCAUGGAGGCCAACCUGAUGAAGUCUCUGCAGCACAACAACCUGGUCCGCCUCCACGCUGUGGUCUCAGAGGAGCCCAUCUAUAUCGUCACUGAGUAUAUGGAUAAAGGGAGUUUGCUCGAUUUUUUGAAGAGCGACGAGGGGAACCGUAUUCAGCUCCCAAAAUUGAUCGACUUCUGUGCUCAGAUUGCAGAGGGGAUGGCCUACAUCGAGCAGAGGAACUACAUCCACCGAGACCUGCGAGCUGCCAACAUCCUCGUCAACAAAGAAUUAGUGUGCAAGAUUGCUGACUUUGGCCUUGCUCGCAUAAUCGAGGACAAUGAGUACACUGCCAGAGAGGGCGGAAAGUUUCCCAUCCGCUGGACUGCCCCUGAAGCCAUCAACUUCGGCUCUUUCACCAUCAAAUCUGAUGUCUGGUCAUUUGGUGUUUUGCUGACAGAAAUUAUCAGCUAUGGACGCACACCUUAUCCAGGUAUGACCAACCCAGAGGUGAUCAGCUCCCUGGAGAAAGGAUACCUCAUGCAGCGCCUGGAAUGCUGUCCCAAGGAACUCUACAACAUCAUGCUGGAGUGCUGGAAGACCAAGCCAGAGAACCGGCCUACCUUUGAAUACCUUCAGAGUGUUCUGGAAGAUUUCUAUACGGCCACAGAGAGCCAGUACCAGCAGCAGCCAUGAGAGUUACAUAAAGGGUACAUUAGCCUAAUUUGAUAUGGCGUCACUUUCCCGUACGGUUCUAUUUAUUUUGGACACACACACGCACGCACACACACACACACACACACACACACACACACACACACACACACACACACACACACACACACACACACACACACACACACACACACACACACACACACAGGGCCGUAGCACCAAAUCCUGGGCCCCUAUACUAUAGGUACUGAUGGACCCCCCUGCGCUCAGUUGUUGACGGGGACGGGGACGGGGGAAGACGUGGCCGGUAGAUAAUAUAUAUUUUUUUUUUUCAGGGGCCCCCCCUCUGCCUUGGGCCCCCCCACAACUGUCCCCUUUGUCCACACACACACACACACACACACACACACACACACACACACACACACACACACACACACACACACACACACACACACACACACACACACACACACACGUAGCCUGAACUACAACAUCUUUACAGUGCAUCUUCACAGUGCUCUCUCUCUCUCGUUCAUCUCUUUCUCUACCUCUCUCUCUGUCUGAGCCACACUCUCUUUUUCGAUGACUAUUAUGCUCUGUAGCUGGCUAGACAAUAAACACACAAGUUAUUGGCUGUGAAUUGAUACAUCUUGUUAAUAUGUUGCACAACAUAUUGUAUAUACCAUCUGCAAUACUAUCUAAAUCUGCAAUUUCAAUUGGUAACAUGGAAAUGUCCUAAUGAUGCCCUUGUACACACUCUGCAUCCAUAGAAUCAGCCACAAACUGCCAGCCACUGUAGUGUCAAUGGGAUCCUCUUGUUACAAGAUAAAUAGGUCAAUUAUUAACAACUGUGGUAAAUGCACUGUUGACCACAUAGUUUAGAAAACAUACACAUAUAAAGUCCAACGUACGACAUGUAAUAUACAAACCAUAUUUUUAUAUUAAAACGCUUAAUGUUUCCGUUCUCCAAGUUUUUUGAGUGUCUUUACUAAAUUUACUUUGUGCCUUUUCUCUAACUUUUGCUUUGAUGGUAGGCCUACUGCAACUGCUAUGAAUCUGCAUUUAAUAAGGCCUUGACUUUUAUUGUGAUGGAAAAUUAAUUUAUUUGUUCAUAUAGUAGCCCUCUCAUCCUUUACAAAUAUGAAUGAUCUUGUUUUUAUCUAACUAGAUCAAUGCUUUUAUUUCAUUCGUUUGAAUACUGUAUACAAAUUUGAAUUAUAUACUUUUGAUAUAAAUGUUUUUCUUUAGGUUCAAGCUGGUAACAAUGGAGUAGUUUAUACAAUAUUACAUAAUUGUGUUUUUUAAUAAUAAAGAUUUUUUUCUGA